AUGGACCUUACGCCCCCUCUGAUUCUUCUCCUCCCGACCGUUGGACGAAUUGUGCUAAGCAUCAUCCAGUCUGGACGAUUCGACAUUAUCUUUGUCGAGCCCAGUCUCGGCUUUCUCUACUGCAUGGGACUUGGAGUUUUGACCUAUCAAACGAUCAUGAACGCAUCGCUAUUCUCUGGCAUUCUCGUCGGUCUUGGAUCACGAGCCGUCUUGACCUACCUCUUCCAAGGCCGUCGAUGGACCGUCUUGUGCGGGUUCCUCCUCGGAGUAUUUACGUCAGACGUCGUAACACUCUUUUGGGCGUAUAUCAACCAGGAGAGCAUCCAAAAUGCGCGGGUCGUGUCCCGAAAGCGGAAAAAAUCGACGCGAUCCCGCCGAUUGAGCGAUCCUCGUCGGCCGGACGAGUCAUUGGCGGGAACUACAACCGUCAAUCCUAUGGAAAAUAUGCAGAAUUCAGGAGAAGCGGAUAUCCCUACCCUUACACGCCAGUUGGCACAAGCCGAAGCAGAUGUCAGGCGUGUGCAAGAAGAACGUAAAUGGGCAAUCUCGUCAGGGAAUACGGCCCGUGCUAUGCAGCUCAAGUGGGCAGUCGAACGCUCCGAGGCACUCGCUCGAAGCUAUCGCAGAGAACUCGAGGAAAAGCAACAGGUUGCACAGGAAUCCAUAAGAUCCCCAGGGCCGUCCGAACUCAGUAUGACCAUCCAGGCACCCUCGGAAAGAAAAGUCAGUGUCAGGCAUGAUAGUAUUAUCUCAGAGCCGGUCCAGAGCGAUCCUGAACACCUCCGGCUCCAUACCCGCGAACACUUGACCCAACGAUUCACGCUAGAGGAUGGUUCAGAAGUUCAGCUCACUCGUCUCCACCUCGGACGCAACAAUUCGACGCCAGAGAAAAAAAGCAUUGGACGGCCGAUACCUGUGACUAUUAUUGAAAGCCCGACCAGCGACCAUUCUCGCUAA